AUGUCACGACACCAUCACUACCACGCAUCGACCUCACGCGCUGCUGCUGCUUCGCCGCCUGUUAUCACACUGUACGACGUUCCCGGCCAUACUCCACAACCAUGGGCUCCACACAUUUGGCGUGUACGGUUUAUUCUGAACUAUAAACGUCUAUUGUACCGAACAGUAUGGGUCGAGUUCCCUGACGUCGAAGCCACACUACGGUCUAUCAAAGCGCAGCCAACCGGUAUGCGAAGCGAUGGUCGACCCGUUUACACUCUUCCAGUCGUUGUUGACCCCAUGCGUAAUCCCACCAAUCCUGUCGUAGUUUCCAACCCCAACGAAAUCGCCGAGUAUCUCGAAUCUGCAUACCCUGCGCGUCCCGUCUUUCCAGAGGGGUCUCGCGCACUCCAGACGCUCUUCGUGCACUUCAUUCAGGAAGUGUUUUCGAAGCCGCUGCUGCCUAUCAUGGUGCCAUUGAGUCACCAUCAGCUGCCUGACCGGUCUCAGGCGCAUUUUCGGGGCGGGGCACCAGUUCCUCCUCAGUUACUAGCUGCUGGGCCGCAGCGCGAGCAGGCGUGGCUGGCCGUCAAGGACCAAUUCGAUUUCCUAGCUAGGAUCUUGGAAAAAAAUUGCCUUGAUGGGGACGGUGUCGUGGUUAUGGGCCACGACGUCACCUAUGCGGAUUUUGCGCUCUGCUCGGUUUUGAUUUGGAUUGAGAGGAUGGCGGCGCAUGACGGGUGGACGAGAGUACGCACCUGGAAUAAUGGGAGGUGGAACCGCCUCUGGGAAAGGUGCAAGGAUUAUAUGGAUGAGUAUUAA